AUUACUAAUACCCACGCAGCGCGUGCGGUCCAAUAAGAACCCGGGCCAGGCCGCGAGCACGGGCACACAGCGCUUCGAGAGGCCUCCCUCCCGCGACCGGAGAUCAUCCCUCGAUGGCGGAGGCGCCUCUGCUGCCGUGGAAGGACCAGGAGGCGACGGGGUACUGGCGGAGCGAGGCCAGGAAGCUGGCGUACCUGGCGCUGCCGAUGGUGGCCGUGAGCCUGUCGCAGUACGCCGUGCAGGUGUCCUCCAACAUGAUGGUCGGCCACCUCCCCGGCGUCCUCCCGCUCUCCUCUGCUGCCAUCGCCACCUCCCUCGCCUCCGUCUCAGGCUUCAGCCUGCUCACCGGCAUGGCAAGCGCACUGGAAACGCUCUGCGGCCAGGCCUACGGCGCAAGGCAGUACCACACUCUGGGGCUCCACAUGUACACAGCCAUCGUCACUCUGCUGGUGGCGUGCGUCCCGCUGUCGCUCCUGUGGGCGUUCAUGGGCAAUCUCCUGGUGCUGAUCGGGCAGGACCCCCUGAUCGCGCACGGCGCCGGGAGGUACAUCGUGUGGCUCAUCCCGGGGCUCUUCGCCAACGCGGUGAUCCAGCCCAUCACCAAGUUCCUGCAGUCGCAGAGCCUCAUCAUGCCGCUGCUCCUGUCGUCCGUGGCCACGCUGGCGCUCCACGUCCCCCUGUGCUGGGUCAUGGUGUUCAGGACCGGGAUGGGGUACACCGGCGCCGCCCUGGCCAUCAGCGUCUCAUACUGGCUGAACGUGGCCAUGCUCGUGGCGCACAUUGUGAUGUCGAGCUCCUGCAAGGAGACGCGCACGCCGCCGACCAUCAAGGCCUUCAGGGGGGUGGGUGUGUUCCUGCGCCUAGCUCUGCCCUCUGCGCUCAUGAUAUGUCUUGAGUGGUGGUCGUUUGAGCUGCUUAUUCUCAUGUCGGGGCUUCUGCCCAACCCCGAGCUUCAAACCUCGGUGCUCUCAAUAUGCCUCACGAGCGUCACAUUGCUCUUUACUAUACCUUCUGGACUUGGAGCUGCUGGAAGCACGCGAGUAGCUAACGAAUUGGGUGCUGGGAACCCGGAAGGAGCUCGAUCGGCGGUCCGGGUCGUGAUGUCGGUCGCGGUGACAGAGGCGGUGGUCGUCAGUGGAACUCUUUUGCUGUCACGGCGCCUCCUGGGCCGUGCUUACAGCAGCGAGGAGGAGGUGGCAUCUGCCGUCGCCGUGAUGGUUCCUCUCGUCUGCAUCACCGUGGUCACCGAUGGCCUGCAAGGGGUUCUCUCAGGCGUCGCUCGAGGAUGCGGAUGGCAGCACGUGGGCGCGUACGUCAACCUCGGCUCCUUCUACUUGCUCGGAAUCCCCAUGGCGAUGCUCCUCGGUUUUGUGCUCAAGAUGGGGGAAAAGGGGCUUUGGAUGGGUGUCGUCUGUGGAUCCAUCUCGCAGACCACGCUUCUCUCCGCCAUCACGUUUUUCACCGACUGGCAGAAGAUGGCUGACAAAGCUAGGGAGAGAUCGCUCAGUGAGAAGGCAACGGAGUCCGAGUCGAGAUCUCUGCUGGAAUAGUUAGACUGCAAUUUUGUAGGGGACACGCAUCCCAUCGCUGUCGUUUCUCUCUCAAGUGACAAUGUAAUUGUAGAGGGAAUUAACACAUCUCCCCAGCACACUUUCCCCUUCCUACCUCUCGCCCCCGCGUCGCCCCGCAGGGGCGGCUCGGGCGGAACCCUAAACGCCGCCGCCGCCGCCCCCUCUCCCUCUCGCCCCCUCUCGCCGCCGUCGGCGCUCGUCGGCGGGCAAAGCCCGUUGGCGGCCGGCGGCGGCGGGAUCUGGCGCUCGCGCUGGUCGGGCGCGCCCCUCGCGGUGGUGGGUGUUGUGGAGUUUUUGGCUGCGAGAUCUGGAGCUCGAGUGACGGCGCACGGCGGAGCUUCGCAGUGGGGUGGAGGUGUGCGGCUGGGGCUCGCAGGAGGAGUUGGUCGUGGCGCGGUGGCCCCUCCUGGAGGCGACGACACGGGACUUGGCGGGUCAAGGCGGCGGCGGCGCGGUUCGGCCAUGGUGGCGUGGUGGUGCUCGGCCAGGAGAGGCUGCGCUUGCGGCGGCCGAGCACGUCGCGGCCCUCGCGCCUCCGUCGUGGUGCCCCUCCUGGUCUUCGUGGUCGUGGGUGCUGGAGGCGGUGGAGCGGGUCGGAUGGGUCCGAUCUGGGCUGUUGGGUCGUGACACAGUCGUCUGCCGGGAGUUGGCCUGACGGCUGGUGUGUGGUCCGGCAUCCCUUGGUCGGGCAUGGAGGGAGCUCGGCGAGUUCUCAGCCGUGGAGGUGCUGGUGGUAUGGCUGUGUGCUCCUGGCUGUGCGGGUCUUGGUGGGACCCCAGCUUCUCGGCUAUGAUGGCGAAAUGCUGCGGCGGCGGCGGAGUAGCCAACUUGGAUGCUGUGGCCCCAAUCCGGAGGGCAGGGAUGGAGGUGCGCGGCGAUCCGGAAGAAAUUCCUGCUCGUGUUCGGUGCUGGCGAUGAUGGCGCCCGUGGGUGUCGUUCUUCUCCUUGGAGGCGUCGCCAAGGUGUGUCGACAUCUCCAUCUCUCGCGCCUGGGAUUGGUAGCGGUCUUCGGGUGAAAGCCUAGGUUCGGAGCCGAAUCGGCGUGAUGGCGGUGUCAUCUACGUCGUUCCUCUGUUGGGAGCAUUGCGCUUGAAGACACGGUCAUGAGGUUCUAUGUUGCGGUGCUUUCGGCGCUCGCCGCUGUCCAAGACGAUCUUCAGUGGCGCAAUGUACGUCAUCGUCAGUGAAUCCAAGACGCUGCUUUUUGUGGACUGAUCAAGUUCCGCCAUUUACUUGCCACCUCCUUUUAGGCAUCAAAGGGUGGAUGGUGCGUCGACGAGGGAAGUUCACAUGGAGUUGGUGUUGUCUUCGGAGAUGACCGGCGAUGGUCGAGACGCGGCGAUGUUGCUCUGUUUUUGGACAAGCGCUUUUUGCUUUGUAGUUGUGUUGUUGGUGGUGGCUGUCUUCGGACUAGCCCUGGUGUGGUGUGUGAACUACGCUUGUUGUUUGCAACAAGUUGUAGUCUUCUUGUAACUUAAAUUU